UGGCCUCGAGUAUAAUCGGACUAUCCCCGUGGGUAGCUCUCUUGAUCCUCGAUGGAUGCUUCCUUUUCAAAUAAGCGCCACUUCGAUCAUUCCACCCUUGACCCUCACCUUACACCCACUUCUUCUACCAAGCGCCGCCAUCUUCAAUCCUCCCCUGCCACUCCCAAAGGAGAAACCCUAUUCCGUCUUCUUUGUCCCGCCACUAAGACCGGCGGUCUCAUCGGCAAGGGCGGUGCCAUCAUCCGCCAGGUUCGUGAAGAGACCGGAGCUAAAAUUCGAAUCGACGACUCUUCCCAUGGGUCUGAAGAGCGUGUGAUCCUUAUAAUAGCAGCUGAUUCUACCUCUAAGAACAGGGAUGGUAAUGCUAAUAACAACAACGAGGAUUCCAAUAGCGAAGAAUCAGGGAAUUCUAAUUUUGAAGAAUCUCCUGCUCAGAAGGCAUUGCUUAAGGUAUUUGAGAGGAUAUUGAAGGUCGAUGAAGAACGAAGUAAAAUGUCCAAGGAGGAAAGUGAUCAUGGUGAAGACAACUCUGCACAAGGCAGUGGUGGGAUACCGCAAGGACCCGUGGUAUGUAGAUUGUUGGCUGCAAGCAAUCAGAUUGGAUGUGUGCUUGGGAGAGGAGGAAAGAUCAUUGAAAAGAUCAGGCAGGAGACUGGGGCCCAAGUUAGGGUUUUGCCCAAGGAUCAACUUCCAGAUUGUGCAUCCCCUGGGGAUGAGUUGAUUCAGAUGGCUGGAAAGUUUUUAGCUGUAAAGAAAGCUUUGUUAUCUGUAUCAAGUUGUCUUCAGGAUAACCCAAGAGCAGAUGCAGCCAACUCUGGCAGUAACAGGCCUAUGGGGCUGAUGCCUCAUGGAUAUGGUACCGAAGGUGUUGGGAACCACCACCGGAUGGCCAUGGAAGAGGAAGUUAUGUUCCGAUUGUUGUGUCAAGUGGACAAAGUUGGUAGCUUGAUUGGUAAAGGGGGUUCCAUCAGAAGAGCACUGCAGACAGAGACUGGCGCAACUAUAAAAAUUGCUGAUUCAGCACCUGAAUCAGACGAGAGGGUGGUUGUAAUAUCUGCACGAGAGAUUUUAGAGCAAAGGCAUUCUCCGGCACAGGAUGCGGUUAUUCGUGUCCAUGGUAGAAUUUCUGAGAUUGGAUUUGAACCUGGUGCAGCCAUUGUUGCUAGGCUUCUGGUACACUCACGGCAGAUUGGCUGUCUAUGGGGUAAAGGUGGCAUGAUAAUUUCUGAGAUGAGAAGGAUCACUGGUGCUAGCAUACACAUAUUUCCUAAAGAACAGGUUUCAAAGUAUGGUAUGCCGAAUGAUGAAGUUGUGCAGGUAAUUGGCAGCUUACAGUCGGUACAGGAUGCUUUAUUUCAAAUCACAGGCAGACUUCGUGAAACCAUGUUUCCUAUGAAAUAUUUUUCGAAUGUCAAUGGCCCGGCUUAUAUGGCCCCUUAUCCAGAAAUGCCACCCCCUUCAUUCAGACCUAGGCAUGAUCCUGCUUCUUCACCAGGUUAUCCAUCACCGAUUGGACAUUCUCACAAUCCUGAUCGUGUUGCUGGUCAAGGCCCGCCUUUUGACCCUACACCUCUAUAUUUUCAUGGUGAUCACCCUCGUCCAACUUAUUUUGAUCGAAAUUCGUAUCCUUAUGGCAAUGAACGAGCAGGAUAUGGUCAUAGGCAACCACCACCUGGGAGGUGGACUUCUCAGUCAGGUAGCAACAGGUAUGGAGGCGAAGUUGGUGAGUUGGAAGGAGGGUUACCCAAAGUUAAUGAUUCAAGCGGAAGGAAUGAAACGGGAAGCAUUAGGGUCGAGAUUGUUAUACCUGAGAAUUUGUUUGGGUGCGUAUACGGAGAGAAGAACGUCAACUUAGGUCAUAUAGAAGAGAUAUCAGGUGCAAAGGUGGGUGGGGUGAUGGAAGGAGGUAAGCUGGUAUUAUCAGGUACAUCAGAUAAAACUCAUACUGCUCAGUGCCUGCUUCAUGGCUUCAUCCUUUGUGACCACUACAUGGUCUCUUGAUCCUUUUGCAAACUUUGUUUCUUGAGUAGAGAAUAUAUAUAUAUACAGAAAAUGGGAUGUGUUUGUUUUUUGUUCUUGCCAAAUUAUGGAUGUGAUUGUUUUUGUAUUUUUCAAAGGGAAAUUUCAGUUUUCAUGCUUGCUCUAUAUAUAAUAGCUUAGCAUCAAAUGUCAAAAAUAUGUUCCAAUGUUGUAUUUUUCCAAAUAAUAUGCUUGGUUUUAG